AUGGGUUCUCAAAGGGAUGAGCUAAAGAUGAACUCGUGCGCCGGAGAGAAACGGCCAACCAAUCUGGCAACGUCUACUUCUAUCGGUGCGAACAAGGAUAUACAGAAGUCGCAGAAGCCGUUGGGCAAGUUACCAAAAAGUUUAUGUGUGCUUUCACUCAUUCUUUUUUUCACGCCAGUGGUUUUUAAGUACAUGGAUUUGAGUAGUCCACCAGGAAUAUCACCGUUAGACAACGGUAUUAACGGCAUUAGAGUCGCUGAAGGCGACAAAUGA